AUGUUGGACGAGAACCUCCCUACCUUUUAUGUCAAGGCUGCGACGUCCGAUAACCCGCUCUCGAGCGUCAUCUACUUGAGCCAAAAUGCCUCGGAGCUCAUGCCUCAAUACUCUCUUCGGAGACCAGAUCCCGCCCUGCCGGCCUCGAAAAACUGCUACGCUGUAGCGCUGUAUGAUUCCUACAGCCCGGAAGUUCUAUAUGCUGAAGUACUAGUGCAGCCAGAGUGGUCUCAACCGACACUUUCAGCGGCCGAAGUUCGCGCUGCAAAUGGGGUCCCCGCGCCUCCAGUACCCAUUGUUCCAACGUCCUUCGUAAUCCAGCUGUACAAUCCAGAUCAACAGGUCAAGGUGCGCCAGAUACCGGGGACAUGGAAUCGAUCGGAAUACUGGGAGUUUGAAAUGCCACAAUCCAGCUUUCGACUUCCAUCUGCCUCUGCGUUGGACCGGAUCCAGGAUGAUCCAGCAGCUUCCGAUAUCACACCCAAAGUCUCAUUCAAGUGGAAGAAAGAUGGAAAACUGACCAGGGAUAUCUCUUGCUAUCUAUCGGGGAAAACUACGGACGGGAAGAAGAGCAAGGAACCAGAUAUCAUUGUCGCCAUGUACAAGGCGGGGAAAGAUCAGAAUUCCCUUACGCUCUACCAACCAAAUAUGUACCGAGUGGAUGUCGAAGAUGUGAAAGGCUUGGAGGUCGUAUUUCUGUUGGGUGCGGCAGUGAUAAAAGAUAUCUUUUUCAAUGCCAGUCGAGAAAUGUUUAACAUUGGCAGUCCACCCACAGCACACAAGCGGAAGAAUAGCGGACCUGUGAUAGGGGGUCGUAAGAACAGUGGGAAUAAUUCUGCUAUGAUGUCGGGAGGUGUAUCUACAAGCCCACCACGAACGAGCAAUAUCCCACCCUCUCAAAUUCCACCACAGAAACCAAAUCAAAGACCACAACAAACUCAACCAACAACCUCUCGGCCUCCUACCGCGGACCCUAGAACCCAAUGGGAGAUCGAUGCCGAAACCGCACGUCUCAAAGCCAUCGUAGCAGAAGAAGAGCGCAAAGAAAAACUACGCGAGAAGGAGGUUCUUCGAGAGCAGCGACGCAUCAAGAAGAUGCUCGAAGAAGAAGACCGCGCGCGACUCCGCAAAGAAGCCGAAGUCGCCCGCGAAACCGAGCGCUUGAGGAAACAAUACGGCGUACCAGCCGCUCCACCUCCUCAAAAACAGCCUCAACGUGUGCAAUUCCAGCAACAUCCUCCUCUACCAGUCCGUCCUCAUUCGAAUUCUCUAGGCAAUCGUCCGGGGUUGUCACAACAGCAAAGUGCACCACAUACUCAACCACAGCCGUACCAGAGACCGAUGAGUACUUCUUCGGUCAGUCAGAAUAGUCCGUAUCUUGCGCCGACUUCUCAGGGCUUGGGAGCCAGCGCGAGUGGGUUCUUUAGUAACCUGGCGCAUGGUGGGAAGAAGGUGCAGAAAAAGAGGAGUGUUUUCUUUUGA